AUGUCAAAGCCAACACUCGCCAUCAUCGGUUCCGGCUGGGCCGGCUUCACCCUCUCGCAGCGCGUCUCCCUGGAGAAAUACAACAUCACGGUCAUCUCCCCCGUCCGGACCAUACAAUACACACCCCUGCUUGCCAGCGCCGCCUGCGGGCUCUACAACUUCCGGCUGGCCGAGGAGCCUGUUCGGCGCAAGAAGCGGGCUCCUGGAUUGCAGUAUUACAAGGCCGUCGCCACGAGCAUCGACUUCGACAAACGGAUUGUGUACUGCAAGGAUGCGACGCAGAUUGGCGACGAGAAGCCGCAGGAUUUCGAGGUGGCGUACGACAAGGUCGCGAUCGCGCCCGGAUGCGACAUCCAGGACUUCGGCACGCCCGGCGCCAAGGACCACGCGCUGUUCCUGCGGACGACGAACGAUGCGCGUCUGAUCCAGCAAAGGCUGCUGGAGAUGCUCGAUAAGGCAUCAUUGCCAAACGUCAGCGAGGCCGAGCAGCGCGCUAUCCUGAGUAUCCGCAUCGUGGGCGGCGGCGCCAUCGGCAUCGAGGCCGCGGCUGAGCUGUACGAUCUGUGGCACGAAGAGAUGCGCUUCUUGUGCCCGCAACUGGACGGGAAACUCACCGUUACUAUCCAUGACAUUGCACCGGCCAUCUUGACUACAUUUGACAGCCGGCUUGCCGAGUACGCUACGCAGAGCCUCAAGGGCAGACACAUCGAGCUCAAGACGAGCUCGCAUAUCGAGAAGGUCGAGGCUGACGGGAUAGUGACUAAGGAGGAUGGGAAGUUGCCUGCUGGGCUGCUGAUUUGGGCGACCGGAAACAAGGCUAGCUCGUUGGUCGAGCAGCUUGAUGUCAAGAAACCGGAGAAAGGACUCCCUCGGAUCCUGACGGAUCGUUGUCUGAGGGUCCUGAGGCCCGAUGGAAGCCCCAUGGAGGAUGUGUAUGGGCUCGGUGACGCCGCGGAUAUAGAAGGAGAGUCUUUACCCACUCUUGCUGAAGUGGCUCUGCAGAAGGGCGAGUACCUCUCCAAUGCACUGAAUGCCCAUGAUGGAACCACGGCAGCCAAGCCAUUUGAGCACAAGCAGAGGGCUCUGCUGGCUUAUCUUGGGAGGCACGAUGGUAUCAUUGCCGGCCGGGAAGACUGGACCGGGAUUAGUGCUUGGUUGGCCUGGAGGUCUGGGAGUCUGGCGUGGACACGGAGCUGGAGGAGGAGAAUCUCGAUCUUCAUCAGUUGGGUGUUUGUGUGGAUUGGUGGGAGGGAUAUCGCCAGGCCGUAA